AUGUCAUACUUCAAGGAUGUUUACGGUGGUUUACGAAAGGAAAUGACUGCAACAUUUGAUCGAACAGAAAUUGUAUCGGUUGUUAGUGGUGGGAAAGCCGGGUAUGCGAAUCUCAAGCAUUUAAAUGUCGGAUCACCCGGUAGUGACGUCAGUGAUCUUGGAGAUACGGCCGAUCUAGAUGAAUUAUUGGCACAGGGAUCAAGUCAUGGACCACAGACUCAUCCGGGUAUUAUUUGCGGUGCCAUUUUUUCGCUCACGGGGUUUUUGUUAUUGUUCCUGGUGGGGUGUAUUGUGAGUAGUAAUUCACUAUACAUUAAAGUUCGACCACCGAAAGGAAAACCCAAGUCAUCACUAGCGACGAGUAUUUUCCUAGCGGCGUUCUUGUAUCUUUGCAUCUUUGGUACGAGUGUCAUGUAUUUCAUGCGUGGACGACGUGCACAAAAGGUGUAUCAACUCUCACUAGAUGUUCACGCUGAUUAA